AUGCUGAGGGCGGACGAUCCCCGUGACGCGGGCAGACCAGCCGCGCUAACAAACCCAUCCGCCGGCUCGAGCGACUCCCCUUCGGCACCAACAACAAUCACAACAAUCCCCUCGCCCUCGCCCUCCUCUGCCUCCACCGUUGUUGCUGCCCAGCUCUCCUCCGCCUCCGCCAUCCCGCCCGUCCCUCGCCUCCCCCAGAGUCGCUUCAGCUUCGAAUAUCAGUAUCCCCUGCGCAAACGAGCCCUGACGUCGCACCUCAGCUCCUCCGUCCUGAACAGCGACGACACGCCCGCGGAGCCCGACCCGACCCCUACUCCCCAGCGCACUUUCUUGUAUGACAGCCCCCGGCGGUCCGUUCCCAAUUUCCAUUUGUCCCACCUGCGCGAUCAGACAGGCUUGGAGUCGCAACCUCCGUCCCCGCGCCGGGCCCUAGAAAAGGAUAGCGACGCCGCGCUGCCCCUGGACGCCCACUCGACCGCCCGCGUGUUGAGUCCCAAUGCAACGAAGCGUCGAAAGUCGUCCCUUUAUGCUCAGCAGACGACUCCGGACGUGAACAGGAUCAUGCCAUCGUCCACCGUGACCUACGCUCAAGGGAGAACGCUAGCCGACGAGCGCAAUCGCGCCGUGAACGGGCUAGAUCGCUACAGUCAGGGCGACGGCAACCGCACCCCAGUCGCCGACGACUUUCGAUCCAAGAAUGAAGAUGUCUUUUUGAACAUCGCGAGAUCGGACUCUGGCCGUCGCGAGUCUCUCGGACGGUCCGAACUCCGGCGCUCGCGAUUCAGAAUGUCCGGCAGUGGGCUGCGUUCGUCCACGUCGCGUAUGGCGGAACAGGCCCCUUCUUCCCCCGAGCAACUUCGCUUGAAUACCUACGACAGCCCCUUGCAUUCACAGAACGAUUCCCCAUCCACCCCUCACUCCUCUGUACCAUAUUCUUACUCAGCUUCCGCCCAUCCACUGGACGAUCAUAGUCGCUCCUCCACUCUAGCGUAUGCGUCUGGCUCCCGGUCUACCAUCGGCCUGCCCCGGAGCCGAUUGAGUCGCACCAGCCCGGAACCAUCCCCUUACAGCCCUGAAUCGCAACUCGAGAGACGGGGUUCGUUGCACGAGUCUCGCGCAUAUCGGCACUCCACGCUCUCUACGAUCCGGAGCAGCCGGCAACCAUCCAGCUCCGAGGCCACCGAACGCGCACGUUACGAGUCGGAUCGGUCCCGCCAGGAUGGGACGGAGUCCACCUUGUCCACAAACGCACCGUCCACCGUUUGGGACGAACUCGAGGACCUCAAAUCUCGGAUCAAGAAACUCGAACUGACCGGGAAGCUUCCGCCGUCAUCUCAGGAGGCCAUAUCCACUGCGUCUGGAGAAAGGCCACGCACCGCGACAACUACAGUGACUACGGUGUCAUCCUCACCGAAACGCGGCCGCAAUUCAAGCUUACCAUCGGGCGAGCCCGAUCCGAAUACGAGCCCUAGCCCUGUUCAUCCACUCCUGCAGUCAGCCUUGACCAAGUCAAAGGAAGUGUUGAGUAACGAGGUCUACGCGGCCUUGGAAGUUACUGUUACCGAUGCGCUGGCGCUGUCUAGCUUGCUGGGGUCCAGCAAGGCCCCGUCUGGGGGUGUCUCUGUUAUCAAUGGAUACAGUUCGUCGGACCGGCAAGCCCGGCGCAAGGCCGACAGUGUCUGUCGCAGUUUGACUGAGCUUUGUCUUGCCCUGUCUGAUGAGCAGCUUCGCAGACAGCCACCUUCCAGCCUGGAUGAGAAAGCGGAUGAGCAACAGGUCAAUGGCCAUGAUGACGAUGAUACGAUCACUCCCACCCUUUCAUAUCGGCGAAGCACGAAUCAAGAGCCGGAGAGCCUGUCCAGGCGACAGAGCACUAACCGUGUCACCAGCCGUUUAGAAGCACGUCGGGCCAGUAUGGCGAAUAACGCCCCUCCAGAGACCCCAAGCAACAACAAGAGCAAUGAGCUGGUGCCAGACGGAACAUUGACGCAGUCACCCGGAUCGUCGGCGCCUUCAAAACGGUUGAGUCGACUCUCGACUUCGUUGCGGACCAAGAGGGUGCACACCGAUGAUGAGAUCGCGGAUCAGAGCCCACAAGUCCGAACGAUCCCAAGGAGCAUGACGGACCUUAACCCAGCCGCGACGUACCGUGCCACGCCCCGGCAACGAAUCUCGCAUGCGUACACGGUAUCGCAGUCGAUGCCCGACUCUUCUCCGGAUCGGAAUGCCAGAUUUUCGACUCCAUCCCAACCGUCACAACUGCCUCAACCUCGUACCCCAACGCUUUCGCAGUCUGCAAUUCCGCUCCGCCGGAGCGUGUUGACGCCUAGCUUUGCUCCUGCAACCUCCCGCGCAAACAUCCAGGCAGGUUCCCGCCGAUACGGGAUGCCUUCCGGGAUUGGCUCGGCCGCUCUCGGUGGUGAUGGGCCCACCGAUGAUGCCAUGCCUCCCAGCCCUCGCCAGGAACCUUCUCAGACAAGGAUAAUUGCCCCAUCGGUCAAACUGGCUGCUAGCUACACUCCGAUUGCACAGAACCGGUUGCGAGCAAACAGCCUCGGAACACGGCGAUUUGGGCUCCGGCAGCGGCCGAUGGCCGUUUCUGAUGAGGCAGUGAAUGCUCUCCAUGACAAUAUGAACUGA